CACAAAAUAGCUUAUUACUACUCCACUUGAGCUGACUUUUUCCAUGUCUUCUUACACCUUAUGACAAUAGUUAAUGCUAUUGCUUUCAACUUUUGACUAUUUGCACCCUCUUUUAUUUUUUUCUUUAAUUUUCUUCCCCUAUUUAUACACCCUCUCAUUUGACUCUUGCCUUAUCACAUUCCUUUAGCUAACAAGUAAGAGGAAAAAAAUUAAUAAGUGAGUGUCAAGAAAAAAGCUAUUUUUGUGAAGAAACUUAUAGAAAGAUUAUUAUUUAUUUUUGAAAAAAGAGAAGUAUUCAAUUCAAGGGAAAAAAAAUGGUGAGACCACCAUGUUGUGAUAAAGAAGGUGUGAAGAAAGGUCCUUGGACUCCUGAAGAAGAUAUCAUUUUGGUUUCUUAUAUUCAAGAACAUGGUCCUGGAAAUUGGAAAGCUGUUCCUACUAAUACUGGUUUAUUAAGGUGUAGUAAGAGCUGCAGACUUAGAUGGACUAAUUAUCUAAGGCCAGGAAUAAAAAGGGGUAACUUCACUGAUCAAGAGGAGAAAAUGAUUAUCCAUCUCCAAGCUCUUUUAGGAAAUAGAUGGGCUGCAAUAGCUGCAUACCUUCCACAAAGAACAGAUAAUGAUAUAAAAAAUUAUUGGAACACUUAUUUGAAGAAAAAGCUGAAAAGAUUGGAAACAAGUACUUCUUCUGAAUCAUGUUUAGGACAUGAUAAUUUCUCAGUUUCUCAACCAAUAGCUAGAGGACAAUGGGAAAGAAGACUUCAAACCAACAUUGACAUGGCUAAAAAAGCACUUAGUGAUGCACUUUCACCACAAAAAAGCACUUCUAGCAACAACUUAUUAUUACCACUUGAGUCAAAUAUUGGUAGUGAAAGUUCUUUUUGUUCAACAAAACCAACACAAACACAAACACAAUCUUUGUGCUAUGCUUCAAGUGCUGACAACAUAGCUCGUUUGUUGAAAGGUUGGAUGAAAAAUAAGCCAAAAGGGUCAAAUGGUAAUUACUCAAAUGUGACACAAAAUUCAUUUAAUAUUGAUUUGGCUUAUGGUGGAAAUUAUGAGACUAGUGCUUCUAGUGAAGGAAUGGAAAAAGGGUCAUCAACAAAUGUUGAAAUUUCUGAGACUUUUGAGUCUUUGUUUGGUUAUGAGUCUUUGGAUUCAUCAAAUUCUGAUUCUACUAAUCUUUUUCAAGAUGAGAGCAAACCUGAAAUUAUUGGUGAUGGUGAAAUUAUGCCUUUUUCUUUGCUUGAAAAAUGGCUUCUAGAUGAUGGUGGUAUUCAAGAGAAAGUUGGUCUUAGUGAAAUUAAUUAUGUAUUUUGAAAUUAUUAUGGUUACUAUGUUUUGGAUUUUCAAUUUUGUAGUAACAUUUUGAGAAUCUUGCUUUUUUCUUAGUUCUAGGACUAAGCCUAAUUGAAUCUCACUUUGGUUUUUACUUUUUAACCCUUUGAUGGUGUAGAAGUGUAUAUUCCUAUCCAAUAUUAAUGACAUUAUAAUAUGAUGAUCAUAUUUUGCA